AUGGUUGCCAUCGCUCGCUCCUUCGGCGCCGCCCGCGUGGCCGCCCGCGGCUUCUCCAACGCUGCCAUUGACUCUCAUCUCGCAGCCCGCCAGCCCACCCAGAACAGCCUCGUCGCUGCCCGCAGCGCCUUCCGCAGCAACGCCGCCCGCCAGAUCAUCCAGAAGCGUGGCAUCGUCGCUGAGUCGACCGCCGCCGCCAUGGUCGCUGCCGCCAAGAUUCAGGGUGCCGGUCUCGCUACCAUCGGUCUCGCCGGUGCUGGUGUUGGUAUCGGAACGGUUUUCGGUGGCCUCAUCCAGGGUGUUGCCCGCAACCCUUCCCUCAGGGGUCAGCUCUUCCAGUACGCCGUCUUGGGUUUCGCCUUCGCUGAGGCUACUGGUCUUUUCGCGCUCAUGAUGUCUUUCUUGCUUCUCUACGUCGCAUAG